AUGCUCUCAUGGGACCGAUUCAUAUUUCCUGCGGGCCUUUUGCUCCUCGCCCACAGCGUCUACCUUGCGCUGUGCAUUCGUGAGCAGCUUCAGGAGCACCACCACAGUGGCGGCGGCGGCAGCGUGACUUCCGCAUACUUCCCCAUGUCAUCGUACCCAACAGGCGUCAUGGCUCAUAUGAAUGCGUCCACUUUACCCAUUUUUGUAGAGCUGUUGGUUGGUGUUGUCGUCGCCAUUGUUGGUUUUGUGAAGCAGUCGACAUUUAAGCGAGCGCGUCUUAUUGACAAGAACUGCCACCAGCGUUACGACGAUACAAUUUUUACGGGAGUAGGCUUCAUGCACUUCAACCAUCGUGGUUCUGUGAUGGGUAACCACUCGGGCGGGGCCGUAAACGGUGACGCCUCCGUCUCAACAUCAAAGAAGAAGGUGUGA